AUGGAAAAAUCAAAUAAAAGUAAAUCGAAAUCUUAAAGUGGAUUGCUUAAUCCCCAACAAACUCUAUAUGUCGAUUAAUCAGUUAAUAAAAGUGAUUAGAAAAUGGACAUUAGUAUUAAGAAUGAGCUUAAACCACCCAGAUCUAAAUCGCCUAGGAAAACUCUUUAUAAUAAUUUCUAGUCUUUCAAAUUAAUGAUGAAUUAGAAAUCAAAAAGUUAAAAGCCAAGUUUACCUAAAACCCCUUCUAUGCCAGUAAAUAUUGAUUCUAAUAUAGAAAUCCAUGUUAAUCACAAAGAAACUCAAAAUUCAAUAAAAAGUACUUAGGAUUUUAAUUACCUUGAGACAUUUUUAUACUAUUUGAGAAAGAAAAGUCCUAUUCAUGGCACAAAAGAACUAUCAGCAGAUCUCUAUUACAAGGGUAGUAGUCCAGACCAUAUGAAAGGUAUAACAACAAAAACAUAGAAUAUUAACAAGUAUAAAGCUUUGCUAACCUCUGACUACUUAAGCAAAAUCUCAAUCAAGUAUAACUAAGAUAAGCAAUCUAAAAAUCUACUUAGAUCUAGCAAAGCAUACUAAUCUUUAGUUCAUGAAAGAGGGGGGACAAAGGAGGAUUAGGGCACACAAACUCAAUUGGCUUAUUCUAAUCCUAAUUCCUUCUUAAUAAAUUAGUAUCAUCAGGCAUAGUAAUAAAUAACUUAGCAGAACUUUAACAAAACUUCAAAUCUAGCAUUCUUCAUGGAUGGUAGAGGCAAAAUCAAUCAGUCAACUUCCCCAGUUUACACAACUACUUAGUUAAAUUAAAUGAGUAGAAAUUUACUGGGCAUUAUGAAAGUAGAUGGUUAAGACAGUUAGUAGAAUCAACAAAGAGGAAUGAAAAGAGGUCCAAUGCAAUCUGAGAAAUGGAAACCCCUUUGGAUGUGUACUAAAGAAAGACUACUAAUAUCAAAUCCAAUCAAAUAUCAAGGUAUCGUUGACAAAAUACCUUAUGCAAGUAGCGUUUAGACUAUACCACUUUUAACUCAAAGUCAAUUGAAAAGUUUUUAAUCCCAACUUGAUAUUGAAAAGAGGAACCUUGUUAAGACAGCUGAAAGAAAAUCGAGAAUCAGGACCGCAAUAAAGAUUUAACCUAAAAGUCAAUAACAAGAAUAUUAGCAGUAGAAUAGCAGAUAGAAGUAUUUUAAGACUGCAGAUGAGAGAUACAAUAUAAACCUAAGUCACAACUAUUCUAAAGAUAAACUAAUCGACUAUGAUCCAUUAGAGCCUCACUCUCUCAAAGGAAACUAUCAAAAUUAACCUUAAAGACCGAGUACUCACUACAAUAACUCUAAGAAAGGAUCUACUGAAUCUCCUACUUCAAAGUAGCAGCAAACAAAAUUGAAUGAAAAACUUUAAAACCUUAGAAACUUGCAAUCUGGCAAGCUUGAAAGAGGGAAUUAGUAAAAAGCCUCCAGAUAUUACUAACUCUCAGAGUUGCUAUCAGAAAAGAAGUAAACUAGCGGAAUACAGGAUAUGAAGAGGUAAAAAGUGCAUGUGUAUCUAAAUCAAGUAUUGGGUUCGGAAUUCGAUUUAAGCGGAGACUAUGCAAUCACAAGUGAGGAAUUUAGUGGAAAGUAGAGCACAGCAGCACUUAUAAGAAAAUCACUUGAGAAGUUUUGA